GCGCUUAGAGGAGCCCUACCCGGCGCAUGCUAGCCUAGCCAGAUAUCUCACAAACCUUCAGGUCAGCGGAGGAAACAGGGCCGCCAUUUUCCUCCAAGCCUCCGGUCCAUUUAAACCCAGCAGGGGGAGGCGAAACAAGAGAGGAGAAAGAGACAGAAAGAGAGCGAGAGAGGGGGAGUGAGAGCGUGUGGUACAGGGUGAGGAAGAAGGAAAGGACCUUUAAAAAGAGGAAGAGGUGGAUAUGUGUCUACCGAGUAAGUCAGACGUUCAGUGAGAAUCUGCAUCUACACCACGGUGGUGCUUCCCUGGACUAAGGUUGUGGAUACAAUUGCCUUUUCCCUUUUAUUUGGUUCUUUUCUUUUCCGCGAGCACGUCCGCUGUUCGUAUCCCCCCUCUCUCUUCCCCGAUUUCUUUAUUUCGUGUCGGGUCGUGAAACGGUGGAAGCACAAAGAGGAGACUGCCAGCAACAUUCUGUCUGAAGUGGAAGGAUAUAUUCUGCAUUUCACUCAUUGCACAAGAAAGCGAAGAUGUCUGGGCAGAGCAUAACUGAUAGGAUAACUGCAGCUCAGCAUAGUGUAACUGGGUCUGCGAUAUCCAAAACAGUAUGCAAGGCGACCACGCACGAAAUCAUGGGUCCAAAAAAGAAACAUUUGGAUUACCUGAUCCAGUGCACCAACGAGAUGAACGUGAACAUUCCCCAGCUGGCCGACACCCUGUUCGAGAGGACCACCGGCACCAGCUGGGUGGUUGUGUUCAAGUCCCUCAUCACCACGCACCACCUGAUGGUCUAUGGAAACGAGCGCUUUGUCCAGUACUUGGCCUCGAGGAACACGCUGUUCAACCUCAGUAAUUUCCUGGACAAAAGCGGGUUGCAAGGCUACGACAUGUCGACGUUCAUCCGGAGGUACAGCCGGUACCUGAACGAGAAAGCCGUCUCGUACAGACAGGUCGCCUUCGACUUCACGAAAGUCAAACGAGGGUCGGACGGGGUCAUGAGGACCAUGAACACGGAGAAGCUGCUGAAGACCAUCCCUAUAAUCCAGAACCAGAUGGACGCUCUGCUCGAUUUCAACGUCAAUGCCAACGAGCUCACGAACGGCGUCAUCAACGCCGCCUUCAUGCUUCUGUUCAAAGACGCGAUCCGGCUGUUUGCCGCGUACAACGAAGGGAUCAUCAACCUUUUAGAAAAGUACUUUGACAUGAAGAAGAAUCAAUGCAAAGAGGGCCUCGACAUCUACAAGAAGUUCCUCACUCGCAUGACGAGAAUCUCUGAGUUCCUCAAAGUCGCAGAGCAAGUAGGCAUUGACCGUGGAGACAUACCGGACCUGUCUCAGUUCACGGUUUGCGCCCCGAGCAGUCUACUGGACGCGCUGGAGCAGCACCUGGCGUCCUUAGAAGGGAAAAAAGUCAAGGACUCCACGGCGGCAAGCAGGGCCAGCACCCUGUCCAACGCGGUGUCGUCGCUGGCGAGCACCGGCAUAUCCUUCACCAAAGUGGACGAGCGGGAAAAGCAGGCGGCCCUGGAGGAGGAGCAGGCUCGGCUCAAAGCGCUCAAGGAACAGAGGCUGAAGGAGCUCUCCAAGAAGCCUGCCACCACUGCCUCAUCGCCCGUCUCCACCAGCGGGGGCAGCAUCAGCACGGCCCCCGCCAUCGACCUGUUCUCCACACCGAGCACCUCAAACAGCUCUUCCAAGAUGCAGAGCGACCUGCUGGACCUGCAGCCGGCGUUCCAGCCCUCCACGGGGCUGCCCGCGGCCUCCACGUGGGGAGAUCCUUUCACGUCUGCCGAGGCUGUCGACGACUCCAUUCCAAACUUAAACCCUUUCCUAACCAAACCCGUUGUCGAUGCCGCUCAUCUACCUGUCGUGUCUUCAGACGCUGUUAGUUUUUCCUCUAGGACGCCAAGCCAUGAAAUGUUUGGCGAUCAUUACAAUCCCUUUAUUGAUUCAAGCUCUUCCGUUGCAACCAAUUAUGAACAGAGAGUUCGGAUAGAGCAGUUUGUCUCAGACUCCUUCUGCGGCCCGGCGUCUUACCCUAACGCCCCUCUCUUCCACCCCGAGCCCUCCGCUGUAGCUGGCCUAUUUGGAGGGUUCACUUCGUCCCAAGCCCCUCAACCACAGACCUCAGCGGGCCUCAACGUCGACUUCGAGUCGGUGUUCGGCGUUCAGUCGGCCUCCGCCAACGCCGCGGACUCGGCCGACGUUUUAGGGGGCAUCCUGAAACCCACAGUGACGUCCCUCGGCCAGGGCGUGGCCCCCGGCGCUCAGCACCCGGGGAAGUUGGUGUCGGACGACCUGGACUCUUCCCUGGCCAACCUCGUGGGCAGUCUGGGAAUUGGAAACGGCACAACGAAAAAUGACAUCCAUUGGACUCAGCCUGGAGAGAAGAGGUUAACAGGAGGGAAUAACUGGCAACCCAAGGUUGGCCCGACUACAACCUGGAACCCUGCCACCAUGGCCCCCUCUGUCAUGGCCUUCCCCGCCACCACGCCCACGGGGAUGAUGGGAUACGCCAUGGCUCCACAGAUGGGCUCUAUGAUGACACAGCCCACCAUGGUUUACACACAGCCCGUCAUGAGAGCUCCCAACCCCUUCAGCUCAGUCUCUGGAGCACAGCCCUCGGCAGCCUCUAGCCCCUCCAGUCAGAGCCCCCUCAGAGCUCCGGGUCAGGACCCCUUUGCUCAGCUCUCUCUCAAGGAUUUCUUGUAGAGCGUCAGUCAUUAGAUGCAGUUCAUGUAAUCUGAAGGGCCCCCUGCCUGCUUCCAGUGGACCCACGUUCCCGAUCAGCAAAAAUAAAAACCUUCUCCUUUAAGCAAGAUCCACUUUGCUGAUUCGCUCUCCCAGCAAGGAUGUCAACACCAAUGAGGACACUCGAAGGAACCCGAGGCGAGGAGAGGGCGUGGUUGCUCUCAGCAUCUGUUUUUGUAAUUUGUUAAAACAGGUUAACGGCGUGAACUACUGUUAUGACCACUAGAGGGAGCCCUUAUCCCAUUUUACGUGUGUAAAGCUAGACAAUGGGGUCCGAGAGACUUGGCUAACUGUACCGGAUAGCGAAAACGUUGUAGCUGAUUUUGACAGCAUGAUGGUUGCUUAGGUGUCAGGUGGUGGCGUUUUGAGAGAGGAAAGCGGUCGACUCUUGAUUUGAUCACCGGUCAUACGUUUUAUCGCCCACUAGCAAUGCUAACCACAGGUUUAUAACCGUUUUUAUUUGCCAUUUUUUUAACCAUGUGUUAUGUUUGCAGUAGACAUUCCUCGUGUAUUGUUUGUAUUUAUUUAUGAUGAUUCAAGACAGGGUUAAAAAUGCUU